AUGAGAGAACUUGACUCUCUCAUCGGCGAAUAUCGCCAUGAGAAGAAACGUCCCCGUGAAUCAGAGGCCCUCUUUAUCCUCCGCAAAGUUGCUUCGGUCGUCAAACCCAUCAUGCGCCAGCGUUCCUGGCGAGUGGGCGCCCUGUGCGAGUUCUACCCGGGACAGAAAAACCUUCUGGGGCUGAAUGUCAACUCGGGCCAGAAAAUAUGUCUAAGACUACGAUAUCCCUCGGAUCAGACACAGUUUCUUCCUUUCGAGCAGGUUGUCGAUACUAUGCUGCAUGAACUGUGUCAUAUUGUACACGGGCCUCAUCACCGCGAGUUUCAUGCACUGUGGAACCAGUUGCGGGAUGAGCACGAGGAGCUUGUCAUCAAGGGAUACACAGGCGAAGGUUUCCUCUCUCAAGGCAAACGGCUUGGCGGGACUCGAAUGCCACCUGACGAGGCCCGCCGACAAGCCCGCGCUGCCGCUGAGAAACGAAGGAUCCUCACUAAAAACUCCGGGAAGCGUCUUGGAGGCACCCCCGUGCUUCGAGGAACAGACAUCCGCAAGCUGAGAGCAGAUGCCGCGCAGCGUCGUGUGGAGGUGACAAAUGGAUGUGCCUCGGGAACGGACAGAAGCACCGAGCUUGCCGAGGAAGCAUCGCGGAAUGGUUUCAGGACAAAAGCUGAAGAAGAUGAUGCGAAUGAAGAAGCGAUCCUUCAGGCCUUUAUUGAGUUGAUUCAGGAGGAGGAACGUGAGAAGUAUGGAUCGUCGUAUAUUCCCCCAAGCCAGGAGAACCCAGCUGGACCUCGCUCAGGCGGAUCGUCUGUUCCGAAAGUUUCCCAAAAUACGGCAGAAGCUGGUACUUCAAAAGCAGCUGCACCGAGUGCACCCCCAGGGAUAGCGCCGGGGCACACGCCAGAAGUAUUGGACCUCACAGCAGACAAUAGUUCAUACGAGGCCCCUUGGACGUGUCCAACAUGUACGCUGGAGAACCCGUCCAGUUUCCUCUGCUGUGACGUAUGUGCCGCAGAAAGACCAGCGCCGAAAGAGAAACAGCCCGCCACACGCCCGGAACCCAGACGUUCCGAGCAACCUACUUCGAAAAAGCGUCCGCUUCAGAUACAAGAGGACGAGCUGCCCGCACGGGAUACAUUCGCAUUCAAGAACCGAAACCGAGUCCGAGACACCCUUGCCUCUAUGGACCGUGAUACGAGUAAACGGCCUUUGGGAUGGCUUUGCGAGAAUUGUGGUAGUUUUAUGGAGAGUCAGUGGUGGACGUGCUCGGCUUGCGGGAAGAUGAAACCUUCCUCUUGA